CGUGCCCUCUAUUUAUGGAAGGGAUUAAACUCAACCUUUCCUUUCAUUUUCUUCUGUCUCUUUGAAUAUUUCCAUUUCCAUCCAAAUAAUAAUAACGAUAAUAAACAUAAUUUCAAUUUUUCUUCAUUGCAGAAUCAGAUCUGCAACUCUCUGUUUAUAAUUUUUUCUAAAAAAAAGUAGAGUGAAGAAAUUUGAAAAAAAAAUGGCGACAGUCUCUCCUUUGGCGAAAUACAAGCUGGUAUUCUUAGGCGAUCAAUCCAUCGGCAAAACCAGCAUUAUCACCCGCUUCAUGUACGACAAAUUCGACACCACUUACCAGGCCACCAUUGGAAUUGAUUUUUUAUCAAAAACAAUGUAUCUUGAAGAUCGAACGGUUCGUUUGCAGCUUUGGGAUACUGCUGGGCAGGAGAGGUUUAGGAGUCUUAUUCCGAGUUAUAUCAGAGAUUCUUCUGUUGCAGUAAUUGUCUAUGAUGUAGCUAGUGACCCCAAUUAUAUCCUUGCAGAUAGGCAAUCAUUUUUGAACACCUCCAAAUGGAUGGAGGAGGUACGCACAGAACGAGGCAGUGAUGUCAUUAUUGUUCUUGUUGGGAACAAAACUGAUCUAGUUGAUAAAAGGCAGGUCUCUAUAGAGGAAGGAGAUAGCAAAGCUCGUGAAUUAGGAGUCAUGUUUAUAGAAACCAGUGCAAAAGCGGGAUUCAAUAUCAAGCCUCUAUUCCGGAAAAUCGCGGCUGCCUUACCGGGGAUGGAAAGACUUUCUUCAACAAAACAAGACGACAUGGUGGAUGUGAACUUGAAAUCCACCGUCAAUUCUUCCCAGAUAGAGCAACAAGGAGGUGGUUGUGCAUGUUAAAGACAAAUAUGUAGAAAAAAGAAGCAUUCAAACAUGGUUUUAUUUCAACCACCAAAUACAAAGGUAAACGAAGAACAGAAUCCCUCAAUUUAAAAAAAAUAAAUUUCAGGAAUCUAGUCCUUGAUUUUGAUAGUAGUUUAUGGAAGUAAUGUAUCGUAGAAAUUAGAGUUAAAAUAUAUUUUCCAGUAUUUUAUUGAUCUCAGGAAAUUACUUCUAGGAUUGACAUUUGGAGAUCUUUAAUGCUUAUACUGAUUCUUUCAUUAGAA